GCAGCUACGAGCACCAACACGAUGAGCACCAGCCCACUCGCAGCCUACCUCCCUGCCAACGAGGGCGGCCUCCUCCCCUACUGGAUGCUCUUUGUCUCCGCGACCGCCGUGUUCAACUCUGUCCAGAACUACCUCACCACGUCCCUCACGCGCCAGGUCUACGCGCGCUCUCCCGCAUCGGUCAACCCGCUCCAAGCGCGCCUCUUUGGCGUGUGGACCCUCACGUCGGCGUGCGUGAGGCUGUACGCCGCGUACAACAUUGGGGUCAAGCCCGUCUACGACCUCGCCCUCCUCACCUACGCCAUCGCGCUGUGGCACUUUGGCUCCGAGGCCGUCGCGUACCGCACCGUCGGGCACAAGGGGCUCGCCGGCCCGCUCAUCGUGUCGACGACGUCGCUCGUGUGGAUGUGGCAGCAGCACGACUACUACGUCCGGGCUUGAUCGGGGCGAAGCCGUCGGGCGUGGGACGAGCGAGAAGAGUCAAUGGUGGGGAGGCGAGGGAGGAGGGUCCGAGCGAGCGAGCGAGGCGGGUGAAUGUAGCCUCUCGUCAGAGCACUUCUCGUUGCUGCGC